GCCAAUGGGCGUUCAGCGCGGGCCUUUCAAAUCCCUUGCGCCCAAUCGGAGCAAGGCGUCGCCUAUAAAGUCCGUGGCGGGUGCUGUCGGGCGUCCGUUUCUGUGUUCGCGCUCUUGUUGUGUGCAGUGCAGACGCUGUCGCCAUGGCCCGUACGAAGCAGACGGCGCGCAAGUCGACCGGCGGCAAGGCCCCGCGCAAGCAGCUGGCCACCAAGGCGGCUCGCAAGAGCGCGCCGGCCACGGGCGGCGUGAAGAAGCCGCACCGCUACCGGCCGGGCACCGUGGCCCUGCGCGAGAUCCGGCGCUACCAGAAGUCAACGGAGCUGCUGAUCCGCAAGCUGCCGUUCCAGCGGCUGGUGCGCGAGAUCGCGCAGGACUUCAAGACGGACCUGCGCUUCCAGAGCUCGGCGGUGAUGGCGCUGCAGGAGGCGAGCGAGGCCUACCUGGUGGGGCUGUUCGAGGACACCAACCUGUGCGCCAUCCACGCCAAGCGCGUCACCAUCAUGCCCAAGGACAUCCAGCUGGCCCGCCGCAUCCGCGGGGAUACAGGUGACCGCGUCCCGGAUGACGUUCUCCAGGAACACCUUCAGCACGCCCCGAGUCUCCUCGUAAAUGAGACCCGAAAUCCGCUUGACCCCACCGCGGCGAGCCAGGCGCCGGAUGGCAGGCUUGACAUGUUGACGGCUUCACAGCGGAGCCAAGCUGAGGUUAAAAGGAAAAACAUCUCUGGGGAGAAAACCCGAGGAAGAGAAGUACGACUGCCCGGGAGUCGCUCUCGAAGGGAGUAAGUUAGUCAAGCCAUGGCUCGCACGAAGCAGACGGCGCGCAAGUCGACCGGCGGCAAGGCCCCGCGCAAGCAGCUGGCCACCAAGGCGGCCCGCAAGAGCGCGCCGGCCACGGGCGGCGUGAAGAAGCCGCAUCGCUACCGGCCGGGCACCGUGGCCCUGCGCGAGAUCCGGCGCUACCAGAAGUCAACGGAGCUGCUGAUCCGCAAGCUGCCGUUCCAGCGGCUGGUGCGCGAGAUCGCGCAGGACUUCAAGACGGACCUGCGCUUCCAGAGCUCGGCGGUGAUGGCGCUGCAGGAGGCGAGCGAGGCCUACCUGGUGGGGCUGUUCGAGGACACCAACCUGUGCGCCAUCCACGCCAAGCGCGUCACCAUCAUGCCCAAGGACAUCCAGCUGGCCCGCCGCAUCCGCGGAGAACGGGCCUAAGUAAAGCCACUUGUCCCAAAGCAGUCACUGUAAAGGCUCUUUUCAGAGCCACC